AUGAAGCAGCCUGUUAUAGCUAGUGUCAUCGAGUUCUCAUCGAAACUCAUCAUGGUGAACACGAACAAUAUCCUCGUGGCAUUUGCCAUCACCUUUCUGGCCUCUUUAUCUCUGAGUUCGGCUUACGCCAAGCACAACUUAGAUACCCCUAAGCAUUUCGAUCGUGAACUUGGACCAUUUCUUCGGGAAAAGAGAGAGAAGGAAGCCGAAGUAUUCGAUCUAAGAAAUAAUAAUCCUUUGGAAUUAGAAGAAGAACCGUUAGAGCCAAAAUCCAUCUAUGAGAGAAGAACGCUCGAAGAAGAGGCAAAGGACGUUAAUAAAAGUGAGGAGCAGGAGAAACUGAAUAUCAAGCCUAAAACAAACAACGAUAUUGCAGAAGAAGAGGGAGAUGCUCAGGAUGACGUAUUUUCGUACAGAAGUAUGCACGAUCUUAUUCAAGCAUUGAUUCUUGCGGAUGAAGAGGACAUUGCUGAGAGAUUGCAACAAUUGCGAGAGAAUACUACGAAAUCUGAGAGGUUUAGUAAUUUGCCGAAGCGUCAAGCGGUUGCAUCCGCAGCCGCAGCCGCAGCCGCAGCCGCAUCAAACGGACUCGUCGGAGCGAAUCCGUGGGAUGUCAUUCCUCUGGUCAAUCUGGAUGCUCACUCUUGUGAAGUCGAGGCUUUCUCACACGGUCACUUUCAUCUAUCGGGUACGAUCGUGCACGAGUUCUUCUGUGAGCUGAGGAAAUUUUGGCACUACAACCUGAUUGCCUUGCGGAAUUUGAGGUCCGGGCUUAGCUUGGGGCCAUUGAUAGAUGAGGAUGUCUCCGGCAACAUUUUUGGCCGCUUGUUUCAUCACACCUCGCAUCUUCUCCACGUCGUUAUCAAAGAACCCCAUCAUCUGCUGAUUUUGCCCGACAUAAUUCAAGAUGCCGUACCGUUCCCUAGCAUUAUUGGUGCCAUUCACCGGAUCAAAUACGUCUUCUUCAAAGUGCUGCAGUUUGGGUUCAAUCUCUUCCGCACACACGUUCGUCACGUCCUUGUACAUUUGUUCUCUCAUCUACGUUUGGGCCUGCUGCAUCACUUGGGAAGAUUCAGCUCGAUACUUCCGCUGGAGGAGAUAGUCGCAGAACCGAUCGUGUCUACAGCGGCGUCUGCGGUGUCCACGGCGACGGCAACGGCGACUGCGACUGCGGCCACCAGUGAUAGCUCAGUCGUUGUUCCGGAUUAUGAGACAUCAUUGGCGGAAGUCCUAUCUUCGUUCCGCGGCUUCUACCACGGUUACCACGCGUCUGGAGUACCUCAUCUAAUUAGAACUGGUAUAAGAGGCAUUUCUUUCCCCUCGGCGUUCUCCAGAAUCGGCUCGUACUUGUCACCCUUCUGUGGUAACUUUGGGUACGGACCGAUUGAACAGAGCACCACAGUGACGACGUCCAGCGCGUCGAGUUCCGUCGCUAUUGGUAGUGGCCCGGUAGUAAGCCCAGUGAUAGAACCGGUAGCACCCGUCGUUCCUAUCGAGACUGAAAUUGCGAGCUCCUCGGCGUCCGCUACCGCCACCGCCACCGUCGCCGAGACGCAGCCGGUAUUUUCCGCUGGACCGACGAUAGCGGAAGUAUCACCGAUAGUAUCAGGCUAUCCGACUGCGUCCCUGAUUCAACCGGAAGUCGUGCCCAGCGUUUUGGAGAACAACGUGGCAGCCGCCUCCGCUGCGGCUGCUUCUUCAGCGGCAAACGUUAUCUCGACCCCUGUUGUUGGACGAGUGCCAUUCAGCCUGCCGUGGCGCAGAUACGGACCGAGCCUGUCCACUGUCGCACCCGCGGCAGCGACCGCGACUGCAGCCGCAAGCGCGUCCGCUUCCACGGGAGGUGAUCGCACCGUGCUCGGACCGUCUCCAUAUCUGGGCCUUGAUCGCAGAAUCAAAUAUCCACUGAUUCGUUCGCAAGUCUUACGUCCCGUCGUGGUUCCGUCAUCGGCUGCCGCCUCAUCAGCCGCCGCAUCAGCCGCCGCAUCAGCCGCCGCAUCUGCCGCCGCAUCGACCUCCUCGGCUGCCGUGGCUAGCAGCUCUGCCAUUUCCUCGGGCGGUUUUAACAUCGUCCUGCCCAGAGAACAGAUAGUUAGCGCUCUCGGUUAUGACUACCUACUGCCGGGCGACAUUAUUUCGGUCACCCUGAGGAACAAAUCGAGCCUGUUCGGCCGCGUACUCGAUGCCACCAGCCCAAUCACGUUCAGUUUCCUAAGACCGAAAAUACGUGCCUCUUUUCUCCACCACGGUGGACGGAUCUGGAAGCUCCUGCCUAAAGACUUCAGGGAUCCCGAGUGCUAUAGGAAAUUUAACAAUCCUCUACUCUUGCAUUACGGUCUUUAA